AUGCGCUCCAUCUGCGUCAUGUGGUCGCUGCUCGCCGCUGCCGCUGCCGCCACCGCCCCCACCGCCCUCCGCGGCUGCGCUUUCCCAUCGCGGCCGCCGCUCCUCUCUCUACCUUUUCGCCGGGGCCGUGCUGCCAGGAACAUGCUUGGCGCGGCGAGGUCGGUCUCUGCGGCGGUCCAGUCGCGAUCCGGCGGCGGUGCGGCUACAGAGGUCCGGGCGGCUCAUUCCGGCGAGAUCCAUGUCAUCGUCGGCCCCAUGUUCGCCGGCAAGACCACUGCGCUCCUCCGCCGGGUCCAGGCUGAGGCCGGCAACGGAAGGAGUGUGGCACUAAUAAAGUCUGACAAGGACAACCGCUAUGGAUUGGAUUCUGUUGUGACUCAUGACGGUACAAAGAUGGCAUGCUGGGCCUUGUCAGAACUGUCAAGUUUUCAUGACAAAUUAGGAAUUGAGGCCUACAAUAAGGUAGAUGUUAUAGGUAUUGAUGAGGCCCAGUUUUUUGGUGAUCUUUAUGAUUUCAGCUGCAAAGCUGCAGAUCGUGAUGGAAAAAUUGUAGUUGUUGCUGGGCUAGAUGGUGACUACAAAAGGAAGAAGUUCGGUUCAGUUCUGGAUAUUGUUCCCCUGGCUGACUCAGUCACCAAGCUAACAGCACGCUGUGAGCUAUGUGGUCGCCGGGCGUUCUUCACAUUGAGGAAGACACAGGAAACCAAGACUGAACUAAUUGGAGGAGCAGAUGUGUAUAUGCCUGUGUGCAGGCAGCACUACAUGGAUGGGCAGAUUGUUAUUGAGGCCACAAGGAUUGUAUUGGACCUUGACAGAUCCACCGUGACGGAGAAAGCCUUGAAAUAG